UUGAUUUGGUGUAAAGAAAAGUGUCACUGUGGUUGGAUUAUCCUAUUUUUCUGCUUGUAAUUGAUUUAAAUUGAGAAAAUGUUCUACGAAAACUUGAAGAAUUUCUACAUAAAAAUAUAAGUUGUUACAACGACUAUAAGUUUGCCUAUUUCUUGUUAAAUAUGUGGAGACUCUUUAUGUACUAAUUAGUCUUUGAAAUACACUAGUGAAUAACAGACAAUUGUAAUGGAUUCCCAAAAUCGAAUGGAUGCGUACAACGAUAAUGCUGCAUUAAACACACCCCCUGCAAACAGGCCUACUGAACCAUUCCAGCCAUAUUUGCGACCGGACAUUAACAGCGUUAACCCAGAAGAUCCCUUCGGACAAUAUCUUAGAAACCCGGACGCACUUCUGUUGAAUGAAAUGAACUCAAAGCAAUCGUUAGAUUUGUUGAAACAACAAACCAAUGCGCUUGAGACAGUAGGUUAUCCCUGUGUUGGUGAUAGUGGCUAUUCCAAUGACCACUUUGGGCCAAAAAGAAAGAAAGAAACGGAAAACGAUGAAAUCGUUGAAGCAAAGAAACCAGGUAACAUCAUGUCUGCUGAGGAGAAAAAGACUGCAAACAUGCGCAAAAAUAUACGUGACGUCUUUGACGAGAAUCAAUUGGAUACAAAUACGCUCGCAGCUCAACGUGAAGAAUCCGAACGUUUGGCCCGUGUAGCUGAGCAGCAAAAAAUCAUCCGAGAAACUCAACGUCAAGCGGCCGUUAACAGAAGUUUUGUGCGCACCCAAAAUAAAGUACUUUCCCUGCUACAAAGUGGUACAACAUUCGCAAAAGUCACCAGUGAAACACCAUUUGAAGAAAUAGACACAGCUUCAACAGGCUCGGAACAAAAUGCCAGCCCACAAGCGUUAUCAAUUGCUAGCGUUGGUGAUAAAUUGGCUAGCAAAGUCGAAACGGAGACAGUUCUAAGCAAAGACAUUGCACCAAUAUCACCCACACCAAUUGAUGAUGAUGAUGCAGUAAAACCCGCGGAAGAACAAGUUAUAAGUGACGUGGUUACAAUAGAAGAUAGCUCCUCUGAGGAUGAUUGUAUUAUGUUAUCCGAUGAUGAAGAGGACCUGGAGGAUGAAGAGGAGGUUGACGACCCAAGCAAUAGUGGUUUACAUGUAAAAGAUGCAUACAAUGUGCCCGACGAACAAGGACGAGUUUUGGUCAAUAUUGGACACCCAGAAGGCGAAGAUGAUAUUUUCGUGGCGCCUCAAAUAGCACGAACUAUAAAACCCCAUCAAAUUGGUGGUGUGCGAUUUCUUUUCGAUAACAUUAUUGAAUCGACGAAACGUUUCAAGAGUUCUAGCGGCUUUGGUUGCAUACUAUCGCAUUCAAUGGGUUUGGGAAAGACGCUUCAAGUGAUUUGUUUCUGUGAUAUAUUUCUGCGGCAUACACCAUCUAAAACAGUACUAUGUGUUAUGCCUAUCAAUACAUUGCAAAAUUGGGUGUCCGAGUUCAAUAUGUGGUUACCGAAAUACUCCGAUAAUCCGGAACAUGUACGACCCAGGCAGUUCGAUGUUUUCAUCCUGAACGAUCAACAUAAAACUUUGAGCGCUCGCGCCAAAGUUAUACUUAAGUGGGCUGAGGAAGGUGGCGUACUUCUAAUAGGUUAUGAACUGUUCAGACUGUUGGCUUUAAAACUAAUGUCAACACGUAAGCGACGCAAUAACAAAGCAGUGAAUUGUGAGAGGAGUGGCACCGAAAUGAAUAGGCGCUUAAUGGAGAGUGUGCACCAAGCAUUAGUUAAACCCGGUCCGGAUUUGGUCAUAUGUGAUGAAGGACAUCGUAUUAAGAAUGCUCAUGCUGGCAUAUCACUUGCUCUUAAACAGAUACGCACACGACGCAGAAUUGUAUUAACUGGUUAUCCAUUGCAAAAUAACCUCCUCGAAUACUGGUGUAUGGUGGAUUUUGUACGUCCAAAUUAUCUUGGCACUCGCAAUGAGUUUUGCAACAUGUUCGAACGUCCUAUACAGAAUGGACAAUGCAUUGACUCAACACCCGAGGAUCACAAGCUAAUGCGUUAUCGUGCCCAUGUGCUGCACUCAUUGCUACUCGGUUUUGUACAGCGACGUUCUCAUGUUGUACUACAACAGACACUGCCCAAAAAAUUGGAGUAUGUUAUACUAACCCGUAUGACACCGUUUCAGCGUCAACUUUACGACACAUUCAUGAAUGACAUUGUGCGUACCAAGUCUGUUCCUAAUCCGUUGAAAGCAUUUGCAGUUUGUUGUAAAAUAUGGAAUCACCCAGAUGUACUGUAUAGUUUCUUAAAAAGAAAAGAAAUCGAUUUGGAGUUAGAAAUGGAAGAAACUGAGGUGAUCGGUGAACCGCCUGUUCUUCCUGCUGUUGCCCCAGUCGCAAGUGAAGCAGAAAAAGCAAUACCCCAUGAAGAUAAAUCACUCGAGGCUGCUAGUACUGAACAAAUUGUCCAAGAUAUAAAACCAAAAGAUGGUCUUAGCUCGGAAGGAAAUUCUCCAGCACCAGAGUGUAAGCAGGUGGAACAGCAAUCGCCAGCAGAGGUAACACAACGUGUUGGUCAGGCGUUAGCGAACAAGCCAAACACUGAAUUUACCAAUUUGAUGAAGAGCUCGCUCCUAUCGGAUCACUACAACCAGCAGCAAAAUGAUGUACCUUCGUAUUUGGGAGGCCAUGGCAAUAAUUAUUGGCAAGAAUCCAAUGUAAACUAUUUCCCCUAUCAAUCAGUUACCGACAAUAUUGACUCCUUGUCGAAGCCGAACUAUGUUGGUAUGGUACCACAACGAGCUGAAGAAGCGCCGAACGAAACAAAUGAAGGCGGAGGCUCUUCACAGAUUGUUGAUUUGGACACAAAAGAAAUAAAAACCGUAGAAACUGACAUAGACAUGACUCUCUGUCCGGUCAUCAAAAAUGAGGCACUACAAGGUGACAAUAACAAUUCAAUAUUAGCUAAUGCAAGCGGCGAUGGAACAGGAGCUACCAGUGCAGAUGCAUUGAUAGAAGAUGUGAAAUUGUUGGCCAGUGCGAAUUCGAUUGGGAAUGAAAAGGAAGGCAAGGUGAAAACAGAUGAUGCGACACUUCAUGAGUGGGCUAUCGAUUUGAUGAAAAAGUAUCGACCCGGUCUUUUGGAGAAUUCACCAAAAAUGGAAAUACUCUUUUGCAUUCUAAAUGAAAGUGUUCAGCUCGGCGAUAGAGUGCUUUUAUUUAGUCAAAGUCUCUUGACAUUAAAUUUGAUAGAGACAUUUUUGCAAAUGACGCGCAUGCCGGACUCGGAUAUGUAUUGGGGUCGCGGGGUGUCCUACUUUCGGCUAGACGGUUCCACUACUUCCCAAGAACGUGAAAGACUCGUAAAUGAGUUUAAUUCAAAUACGGGCGUCAAAUUGUUCUUGAUUUCGACCAGAGCUGGUUCACUAGGUAUUAAUCUUGUUGGAGCCAAUCGUGUUAUAGUUUUUGAUGCUAGUUGGAAUCCCUGUCACGACACACAAGCAGUAUAUAGAAUUUAUCGAUAUGGCCAAAGAAAGCCGUGUUUCGUUUAUAGAAUAGUAAUGGAUAAGUGUUUAGAAAAGAAAAUUUAUGAUAGGCAAAUUAAGAAACAGGGAAUGUCCGAUAGAGUUGUUGAUGAAUGCAAUCCGGAUGCGCAUCUCUCCAUAAGAGAUAUAACCAAUCUUUGUCAUGAUUAUGAUGAGGAUGACAAGAGUCAGUCUGAAGUGCCGGAAUUCAUACAACCACUUGACUCAUUUGAGGAUGUUCUAAUAAGGAAAAUAGUCGAACAGCACAAAACUAGUUUAUCUAAAGAGCCAUUCUUCCAUGAAAGUUUACUGAUCGACCGAAAAGAAAAGAAACUGUCGCAGGCUGAGAAGAGACAAGCUCAUAGGGGAUAUGAGAUGGAGAAGAAGGCUAGCGUUAAACAAAACUUUUGUGCGCCCGUUAAGAAUCAGUAUCGCAUUGUACGUAACGAUGGCAGUAUUGUAACACGGCCAGUUGCAUCGAUACGUCCAAUGCAAACAACUAAAACUAUGCCAGCGACAAAGAGUGGUGGUAUACGCACAACACGUUGGAUACCAGCAGAAGUUUGGCAAAGACAAGGCAUGACUGCGCAAGAAAUGACUUUGCCGUUGGACGUUGUUAUACCCACUCAUUCGAAUGACAAAUCGAAUAUAAUUUUGAAAUCCGGUCAACGUGUAAUGGUUUUGAAGUCAGCGAAAGGUAUUUACAUGCAAUUGGAAAGUGGAAAAAUUAUUGCAAUACGGACGUCCAGUAAAGCGGCAGAGGUGAAUAAGACGGAUAAGGAUGAAGUUAUUGAUAUAACAAAUGAAGGCGACAGCGAGAAGAAGAGUGAAGAUGCAAAGACGGAAAAUGGGAAUCAAAAAGAGCGCGAUUGCAAAGCAAAAGGAUCUCAAAACAGUUGCACUGAAACCAACGAAAAACCAACAGGAGGUUAUGAAAAAUGUACGGAUAAUGGAAAGAAAUCACUGGAAUCUAGUCCAGCUAAAGGCAAAGAAUUCACGCAGCCAAAUCCGUAUAAACCAGAUUUGCAAAUGCAAAAGGACGAUAUCAAUAGUAAAUUUGAUAAUAUGAAAAAGGUUGAACAUAAACCGAAUCCACAGAGUGUGGAGAAAGUUUAUGGAUCGCAUUCAAACGAUAAUACCACCAAGCAAGAAUUUACAAACGCAGCGAGGAGUAGCCAAAAAUUACUAGCACUGAAACAACAUCAGCAAAUGGAAGAGGGUGUAACUUUGAAAAAGAAUGAUGGGAAUCAUCUUCAGCAGCAGGAGCAACAUCAUGAGCAGGAGAAGGAAAAGAAAGAAGCGGUACUUCCAUUAAAGCACAACCCUGAGAAAAACAACCCACCACAGACAACUCUUUUGAAUCAGCAGCAGAAAUGUCUACCACAAUAUACUAAUAAACCAAUGGUUGAUCCAGCACCAUAUCCUUAUAAGCAAAUGGGGAAUUAUCCACCAUUCUGUGGUCUCACGCCUCCUGACCUCUCGAAAUAUGCGAAUCAAAGAGGCGACAUGAUGACACCGACUGAGUCUUUUCAGACUUGUAAUUACAAUAAACGAAAGUUACAAAAAGAUAUGCCAAUACCUACUGAUUAUACGCCUUCGCCCUCAUCUUCAUCUUCAUCUUCGGCAGCAUCAUCAUCGUCAUCUGCAUCAUCACAAGGUCAAUCAUUGAAGCAUGGUCACUUAAAUGCUGUACAUCAAUCACCCUACUCACAGUCGCCCUAUUCAUCACUAUUCCACCAGCAACAACAGCCAAAACUCCACCUGUACGGAUCAAAUUAUAAUAUAGAUAAUGAACAUUAUAGUAAUUUAGCGCAAAAUUCUCAUAGUUCACAAAAUUUAAAUCAAAGUCAUAGUCUUAUUGGCGACACUUUUGGUGCGGUGCAGGAGAAUAGUACAGGCCUUAUGCAUGGAGGUGGUCAAAAUGUGCCUGCGCCGUGUGAUUAUUCGACACAUUUUCCAGACUAUGCCGCCUACAGUUCAUACAACCAUCCGCAUUACUUUUCACAUUUUGCUAAUUCAUAUGGCAAUGGAUCGUCAGCACCAAUUGGCUCCAAUCCAUACCAGAUGCAUUGGUCACCGUUAAUAGCGCCAACUUCUAUAAAUGAGCAAUGCAAUCCGGUACACUCGUCCGUUUAUCCUCAGAAUGGUGCUCAGCAUAAUCAAUGGCAUCACAAAUUAUAAAUAUUGUAGUUAUAUAAGAAAAAAAUAUCACCAUACAGCCACAGAAAGGUUUUAAAUUAAUUAAUUUAAUUGCAUGGUAUUAUCGUAAAUAUAGAAUUAAACUAAACAAAAAUUAACUAAAAAAUUUA